UAAGGGAGAAAAAUAAGGAGUAAAAUUUCUCCGUCUUCGCCGACUCCAAACCCUAGAUCUCCCAUCGCUGUCGAGCUCUCGUUCUGUGGAUCCCGAUCGAUUCAUCUGUAGCUUGAUCGGGAUCUUGAUUGAGAGGGUAAAGUUUUGUUCUUGAUCGGAUCGAGGCCGCCACGGCGCAAGCUGGCACCGCCGCCGGAUGGCGCUCUUUAGGAGGCUGUUCUAUCGCAAGCCUCCGGAUCGCCUUCUUGAGAUCUCCGAGAGGGUUUAUGUGUUUGAUUGUUGCUUCUCCACUGAGACAUUGGAAGAAGAUGAGUACAAGGAUUAUAUGGGCGGCAUUGUCACGCAGCUCAAUGACUAUUUCCCUGAUGCCUCAUUCAUGGUAUUCAACUUCCGGGAGGGGGAUCGGAGGAGCCAAGUCUUUGAUAUUUUAUCGGGGUAUGAUAUGACUGUCAUGGACUAUCCUCGACAAUAUGAAGGCUGUCCUUUGCUUCCUUUUGAGAUGAUACAUCACUUCUUGAGGUCAAGUGAGAGUUGGCUUUCAUUGGAAGGGCAGAACAAUGUGUUGUUAAUGCACUGUGAGAGAGGUGGAUGGCCUGUGCUUGCAUUCAUGCUUGCAGGGCUGCUGCUUUACAGGAAACAGUACACCGGGGAGCAGAAGACUUUGGAGAUGGUUUAUAAGCAGGCUCCAAAGGAGCUGCUCCAUUUAUUGUCUCCAUUGAAUCCGCAACCUUCUCAUAUGAGAUAUCUUCAGUAUAUUUCAAGACGAGGCUUGGAGUGGCCUCCUCAUGACAAGCCCUUCUAUUUGGAAUGUGUCAUUCUUACAAUUGUUCCCAAUUUUGAUGGAAAAGGGGGUUGCAGGCCAAUUGUUCGUGUCUACGGUCAGGACCCAUUGACCCCAGCAAAUAGAAGCUCUAAGAUUUUGUUCUCAUCUUUAAAGACCAAGAGACGAAUUUCCCACUACAGACAGGAAGAUAAUUCGCCUAUUAAAAUAAAUGUAAGAUGCCGUGUUCAAGGGGAUGUUGUAAUUGAAUGCAUCCACAUGGACGAUGAUUUGGAGCGAGAGGAAAUGAUGUUCAGGUUGAUGUUCAACACUGCAUUCAUCCAAUCAAAUGUUUUGCUGCUGAACCGUGAGGAGAUUGACACAGUGUGGAAUGCCAAGGAUCAGUUCCCAAAGGACUUCAAAGCAGAGGUACUCUUUUCAGACUUGGAUGCUGUUGAAUCUGAUGCCACCACAGACAUAGCUGGAGAUGAGGAUGAGACGGAUGUUGCCUCAAUAGAAGAGUUUUUUGAGGCAGAAGAGAUUUUUAGCAAUGCAGAUUGGCAGGAUAGCAAGAGGGACGCUGAGGUUAACAUGGUUCAAAUCAAAACCAUGGUGGAAGAUGGGUUUUGCAAGCUAGAAACCUCAAAUUCAGUUGACGAAGUGACUAGCCAAUCAGAUUUCAGCAAAGUUGGCAAAGAGUCAGAGAUUAUCGUCAAUUUUGACAAUGGUAACAUUGAAACUAUGGCUAUUACAGAACGGGCAGAAAUUAUAAUUGAUAAUGGGGAGUCAAUUCAAAAGGAUAUUGUUGCGGAGAAGUUAUUCACAUUAGAUGACAUGGCCACUCUUGAAGAGAAGGGAACGAUGGGUGGUAGCAACUCUAAACAGGCUGCUGAAUGUUCUCUUACACAGCCCAUGGAAGAGAAGAGUACCCUUCUAGUUGAAGGUAAGAACUUUAUUGAAGAAAACAAAUCCUCUGCAAAAGACAUGAUUGCAGUAAAAGAGAAGAGCACAAUGAAUAAUGGGAAUUUUAAGCAGGACUUUGAAGAUUCUAUUACCAUUGCUAUUGAUGAGAAGAGUGUGUUAGAGACCAAUAAGUCUGAGGUUGAUACAAAAAUUGUUAUUCAUCAAGAGCCAAAUCAUCAUGCACACCACCCAACAUCAGUUGGUGAGGCUGAUAACAGAUGUGGGAAUGGGAACUCCGUUGCUAGAAAGAAACCUCUCCCACAUGACAAGAGUCACGGGGUAGAGACACCGGAUAUGGCAAUUGGGAUUAGGUCUACAUUAAGAACUAGUGAUCACAGAAGGGAUGGAGAUAAUGUUGCAAACAACAGUGAUUUUGAUGCUCUUUCUGAGAGUAAGUCAGGAAACUUUGAUGUUGCAGAUUUAGCCCAGAGUCAUCUUCAUGAUAGAAAUAUAAAACAUGACAUAAAAAUUGUUACUGAGAAGGCAAUAAGUCUGGACGACAAGGUCAUAAUUGAAGAGAAAAGUAUGGUAGAAAUCAGCAAUUACAGAGAAGUGACUGACUGUUUUAUCACUCAGGUAUAUGAUAGUACAGGUGAAUUAGAAAGGAGCAACUUUAAACAUGAUGCAAGGAACAUGGACGAUCAAAGAACAUUUACUUCAGGCCAUAUGAAAAGUAAGGCUGAAACUCCGGCACCAGUUGGUGAAUUCACGAGACAAGGAAACAGCAGUUCCAAGCACGAUACAACCAACAUUGUUACAAGUAAGAAAUCUAAUUUUGAUGACAAGAUUCACAAGUCUGUGAUAGCAAAUGAAGUGAGAUCUCAUUCGGAAAUUCAAUCUAAUUUUGAUGACAAGAUUCACAAGUCUGUGAUAGCCAAUGAAGUGAGAUCUUACUCAGAAAUUCCUGAAUAUAAUGAGACAGAUAGUGGUAGUGUUGCUCAGCAUAAGGGAGAGCCUAAGGUUCUUAGUCAGAAGACGGUAACUGAGAUUGAACAACAAAGUAAGGAUACUUUGUUGCCAACCAUGUUGAAGAAACCACCAUCUGAUCCUAUCUUAUCCAAACAAAGGAACAAUCAAGAUUCGCUUAGCACCGACAAGAAACCAACAAAACCGAAGACCAUUUCCAGGUGGAUAACUCCAAAGAAAGGUUCCAACGCUACAAGUGUUUAUGUUCCUGCUCACCCUCCUUCGAGAUAUAACAGUGCGCCACCCGCCCUUGCGAUUUCUGCAAAUUCACUUGAUAAUGAGGCAGGUGAAACUGCUGAGGUUUCGCCAACUCUGACUUCCCACCAGAAACUGACGCUGCCCUCAGUUGAAGAGGUUGCUUCUCAUACACCUGCUCCAGUCCCACCUGCAUUGCAAGCUCAUACUUCACCACCACCAUCACCUCCACUGCCGCCUCCUCCACUGCCUGGUUUGGGCAGAGAAAUGCUAAAUCAGAUUCCACCUCCGCCUUCACUUAGACCACAACCUUCUCUGCCACCUCCUCCACCACCGCCACCGCCUCCACCUCCACCAUCUCGUCCUUUGGGGGUUUCAAUGCCUUCUACUUCACAGUCUUCUCAGACAACUUCCUCUUCUACACAAAGCAGAAUUGGGCUCCAAUCUCCUAAUCAAAUUCCCACACCUCCCCCUCCUCCACCACCACCUACAAGAUCACAUCCAGGUUCAUUUCAAGUUCCUCCACCCCCACCUCCCCCACCUCCUCCUCGAGGUCCACCCCCUCCAACAUUUGCCCCUCCACCACCACCACCUCCUCCUCCUCCCCCAAGUCUCAUGGAGCAUCAUCAGCCCCUCCCCCUCCCCCUCCACCUCCACCUCCACCGCCCUAUGCUUUCAAGGACAUCUAUAGUUUCUCCACCUCCACCACCACCACCACCACCUCCGCCACCACCUUCAAUGCGUAGCUCAUCAAGUGCUCCACUUCCACCCCCUUCCCCACCUCCUGUAAUGGCUGCAUUGACUGGGCCCAAUAGAUGUCCUUCUUUGACACCUCCACCACCACCACCACCACCACCACCUCCUCCAAUGGCUUUUGGAAGAGUACCUCCUGCCCCUCCUCCUCCUCCUCCUCCUCCUCCCCCACCUCCGCCUCCUCCUCCCCUAGAGCACUUGCAGGAGCUCCACCUCCACCUCCACCCCCCACCCCCACCUCCCCCACCUCGAGCACGUGCAGGUGGGCCACCUCCGCCACCUCCACCACCUCCCCCUCCUGCUCCUCCUGGAGCACGUGUAGGAGGGCCACCUCCACCACCCCCGCCUCCCCCUGGAGCACGUGCAGGAGGGCCACCUCCACCGCCUCCCCCUCCACUUGGAGCACGUGCAGGAGGGCCACCUCCACCUCCCCCUCCCCCAGGAGCACGUGCAGGAGCACCACCUCCGCCACCUCCCCCUGGAGGGCGUGCAGGAGCUCCACCACCACCGCCUCCUCCUGGUCGUGGAGGUCCACCUCCACCUCCACCCCCUGGGGGACGCACUUCUGGUCCUCCACCUCCACCCAGGGCCCCAGGAGCUCCUCCGCCACCUCCUGGUUCCCUCCCCUCUCAAACUGGUGCAAAAGGGGCAGUUGGAGGGAGAGGAAGGGGCAGCAUACGUCCUGCAAGCCCAGGCUUGUCUGCCUCAGCACCACGAAAGUCUACAUUGAAGCCACUGCAUUGGGUAAAAGUUACAAGAGCUGUGCAAGGAAGCUUAUGGGCAGAAUUACAAAAGUCUGAUGAUUCUCCAGGGGCUUCAGAUUUUGAUGUGUCAGAGCUUGAGAGUCUCUUCCCUGCAGUUGUCCCAAAAUCUAAUGAUAGCAAGUCAGAUGGGCGUCGCAAAUCUCUUGGAUCAAAAACUGAUAAAGUUCACCUGAUUGAGUUAAGACGAGCGAAUAAUACUGAAAUCAUGCUCACAAAAGUCAAGAUGCCACUUUCGGAUAUGAUGAGUGCUGCUCUAGCUUUAGAUGAUUCCAUUUUGGAUGUUGAUCAAGUGGAGAACCUCAUCAAAUUUUGCCCAACCAAAGAGGAGAUGGAGCUUCUCAAGAACUACAAUGGUGACAAGGAUAAUCUUGGAAAGUGUGAGCAGUUUUUCUUAGAGUUGAUGAAAGUUCCCAGAGUGGAAUCCAAGUUGAGAGUGUUUUCUUUCAAAAUCCAAUUCAAUGCACAGAUUUCAGAUCUUAGAAAUAGUUUGAACACUGUGGACAAUGCAUGUGUGCAGAUUCGGAACUCAGUGAAACUGAAGGAAAUUAUGAAGAAAAUUCUUCUUCUUGGGAAUACAUUAAACCAGGGAACUGCUAGAGGUUCAGCUAUUGGUUUUCGUCUCGACAGUCUUCUGAAACUUACUGAUACCCGUGCCACUAAUAAUAAAAUGACACUCAUGCAUUACUUGUGUAAGGUUCUUGCCUCAAGAUCCUCACAUCUCCUGGACUUUCAUGAAGAUCUUCCUAGCCUGGAAAUUGCAUCGAAGAUUCAAUUGAAGUCCUUGGCUGAAGAAAUGCAAGCUAUUGUCAAAGGUCUAGAAAAGGUUGAACUAGAACUGACGGCAUCAGAAAGUGAUGGCCCAGUAUCAGAAGUAUUUCGCAAGACCUUGAAGGAGUUCAUUGCAGUAGCUACCGCUGAUGUUCGGACUUUAUCAUCCCUGUAUGCAUCAGUGGGCAGGAAUGCAGAUGCACUAGCCCAGUAUUUUGGCGAAGAUCCAGCUCGAUGUCCAUUUGAACAAGUUAUCUCCACACUGCUGAACUUCGUGCGGAUGUUCCGGCGGGCACACGACGAAAACUGCAAGCAGAUUGAACUGGAGAGAAAGAAGGCCCAGAAAGAAGCUGAAAUGGAGAAGUCAAAAUCUGGAAUCCAUACUCAUAGAAGAGACUCUAGCUCAACUGAUGCAGGCGAAUCACUGAAAGGCCAAUUGGAGAGGGCAAAAUCUUCGAAGAGGCAAAAAACCGAUAUUAGAUGAUCAUUAACUUGCACUAACCUCAGGAAAUAUAUCUGAAUUCCAGAGUCUGUCACCAGUUGAUGACCGAAUGCAAGUCGGAGAUGACCACCGCUGCAAAUCCGGCAUCCUUGUACAUAAGCUCGCCUCAAUCGCAUUUUUCAGUCUAACUAGUUGAAGUCACCUGGCAAACACAACGCAACGCCCAGAUUUUUGUAUACUUGUAUAGAGUUAACCCCCUGCUGAUCUAUUCUUUCUGUAAAACUAAUCCCUUUUUAAUCAAUUAUUUUUUCCCAUUUCUUUUUCACUACAGUGUUCAAUCUGAGCAGUGGUCUAGAAAAAUUGUAUAUUUUGUAUUUAUAUUAAGUAAUGAAAUAAUAACUCAUAAGAAUCA